GCGCUCAUGAAUGCCUGUGGGAGCCAACAGCGAUGGAAGGAGUCUCUGCAAGCCCUGCGCCGAAUUCACGACUGCCACAUGCAACCGAACCUCACUACAUUUAAUGCCGUUCUCAAUGCUCGCGAGAGGGGUCGUAUCUGGAAGGAUGCUGUGCAGCUUGUGGCCAAGCUGAUGGAGCAGAGGGUUGUUCCUGGAAUUUUGACAGGAUGCGCCGCUGUAGCUGCAGCUGGAAGAUCUACCAAGUGGCAGCUGGCUUUGGCCUUUCUGCCCCGAUUUCAAGCAGAUCUGGUGGCACAUUCAACAGCGAUAGAUGCAUGUUUAAGCGCGCAGCGCUGCCAGCCAGUUUUCGUGCUACUGCAGGAGCUGCGCGAUGGCAGUGUGAAGACAGACACUGUGAUUUGCAACUCUGUGAUGGCCGCGUGUGUCAUUGCGAGGCGGCCGAACAAAGCAGCCUCCAUUCUUCAUGAUGUACAGUGUCAAGGCCUGGAAUUAAUUGCAUCUCUGAGCUCAGCAGACUGCAUGAGCUUCACGUGA